AUGCCCGACUUAAGCCUACGGGGCGGGACUCUUCCGAGCCAGGCUGGCUGCCGACGAUGCCCAUGCUCGGGGCACGGGAGCACUGGGAGCACUCUCCGUCGGGACGUCCUGCCACCAGCCCUGGCCACGGCCAUCCUUGCGAGCAUCGCUCCACAGAACCCACAUCCCCACCGGCGCGGCCUUCGGGCCUCCGCCAGGGCUGUCCGCACCCGCUCUCUGGGGGCGCAGUUUGGGGACGGCCCUGGCCACGCGGAGGGCCGAGAGAGGCGCGGCCGCCCGCGGAGGCGGCGCCCUCGGCGACAACGGCCGUGCGACCACCGAGGCCCGAGGGGCCACGGCAGGAGGCGGAGGGAGGAGGAGGAGGAGGAAGAGGAGGAGGAGGAGGAGGAGGAGGGACUGGCACGGGGACGGCACGCAUCGGCAGGGAGUCGGCGGCACGUCGCCCGAUAG